CGCCUUCCGACGCGUCGUCGGUCUGCAUUCCUCGGCCUCGUAACAGUAUUCGUCGGCGCAAUGAAAUGCGGCCAUCGAUGGACUCAGGGAGUUCUUCGUCUCAACCACCACCGUCAUAAACAGCCCGCCCGUUCCUCCUUCUCAUUGACCCUUCCCCCCUCUCCCCUCCCGCUCGUCUUUCCUUACGACCAACGUUCACGCCGAGGAUUGCCAACUCGUCUCACUUCCAGACAUCAUGCCGGACUCCCUGGCAACAGCCCAACACUUCAUCUUCGUGACGCAAGUACACUUUUGCGCCAUGUAUGCUGUUGUUGUCUGGGAUUGGGCCCUAGGCUUGCCAAGGGAAUGGCGUUUUAUAUGGAAGACGCGUUGGACUCCGGUCAAGAUCGCAUACCUCUUCUGCCGUUACUGGGUCCUCGCAACAGUGCCCUAUCUCAUCUGGGCGUUUUGUCAAGAUCACCCCCAAUCGACAUGCGACAGAAUAUAUAAGAUCCCAGUGGCUCUUGCGAUGUGGAAUCAAGUUGCAGCUGAGACCAUCCUACUUAUUCGGACGUAUGCAUUCUUCAAUCGCAACAUCUAUGUUUUGUUCUUCUUGGUAUCCGCACUCGCGGGAGUCGUGGCGUACCAGCUAUACGUGGACGUUUCGCAAAUGCUUGUGUUGCCGUUCUUGAAACCGCCAUUUGAUAUUGGACCUUGUUUGCCGAGGUCGAAACCACAUUCAGCACAUCUUCUAGGGUUCUUUAUUGCUCCGUUGCUCUAUGAUACCAUUGUGACGGUGAUGACCGUUGGCAAGGCAAUCGCAAUCCGUCGCCGUAGCGGCGGCCCAAGUAGUCGCCUGAUCCAAACAUUCCUCCGCGAAGGUGUCUUCUACUACCUAUUGAUUUCCGUGGCAAACCUGGUCAACGGCAUCUUCUACUUACAACCUCGACAGGCGAUUUCGGCCAUCUGCAUCCCAUUAAGCGUGAUGCUUGCCCCGAUUCUCGCGUGCCGUCUGAUUCUGGAUUUGCGUGAACGAGGAUCGGAAACCGUGUCCCACUCGACGGGCACUAUCGCCUUUACCGCUGGCGUAACCUCUUCAAAGUCAUCGCCAGACUCUCCAUUCUCUGGUCUCGGCUUUGGCUUGGGCGGCAUCCAGAGUCGUCUUGGAUCAAGUCACAAGGCAUUCGUUCGACAGAAUGGCGUCGUAUUGAGCACCAUGGGGUCGAUUCCCGACCACGGUAUGGCUAGCGGACUGGAAAUGAACGACCUGCAAGCUCUAGAUUGUCGAAAGGACGAUAUUGAGAACGUUUAUGGAGAGAUAGAGAUGGGUGUUGGCAGCGGUGUAAGUGGCAUCCGAGUCCAGGUGGAGAAGACUACGAUGUGAACUGACAAGGAUUCAAAAUCUCGUCACUCGACUUUCCGCCGUUCAUUGUAACCUUUAAUAUGGAGUAAUCCAUCAUUCUGAACCUCAUUAGCAUAGUAGAGUUUUAUUGCAUUCAUUCGCAUUCCUCAGCGUUCCCCCAUCAGGUGUUUUCUUUGGAUCCUUCUUGUUGUCGUUUUCGUUUUUGUUAUCGAUAUUGUCCUUGCAAUGUUUUACAGUAUUAAUAGCGUUACCAAUGCGUUCGUUCAUGUAGUCAGUACAGUGUAGUAGCGCUCCUUUGUACACCAACUUGAGCGUUCUCUCUACACACCGCAAAUAUGCUUUUAUUGCAUUAAAUUUAUUCUUAGAUG